AUUCAUUGAAAAAUAUGUCAAGUUAUUUGUAUUUUGGAAUUAAAUAUGCACAGAAAAUUUAAGCACAAACAUCUGAAAGAAAAUUUGUAAGCAAUGAAACCGAUCGCUCGGUGGCUUGUAAGCAUUACAGCUGGCCUUUUAGCGGGGACACAAACCAUUCGCAUGGUGAAGGUGGCCAAUGAAGACAAUGAAUAUUAUUGUGCACAUUGCAUGUACUCGUCUGCAGUUCAAAGUGAAUCCGAAUCAACAGAUCUUCCCUAUAUUAUGGGCUCAGAACAGAUAAGCGCAGCUUUGCAGCAGAUUCUAAGUAGCGAUGAGCACAAUGUUGCAAUGCGUCCGAGGAUCAUAAAUAAUAUUCAGAAGGAUUGUGAGCUUGGUUCCGAGUCAUUGAAUCGUUUGCUGGAAGAGAUGAUGUCAAGCAGCACAUCUAACGAAAAUUCCGAACUAAUUCACUUUGAGCCAGCCGUACGACUUUAAUAUAUGUACAUUAUAUGCACCCACAAUGUUGUAAAUUAAUUAAAGUUACUCUCACUUCAA